CCUGCAGGGUGGGGGCUAACAAACUGGGUCAGUGAUAAAAAGAGGUAUUUUUACCCCCACACAUAUAUAUAUAUAUAUAAUAUAAUAUAAUAUAAUAUAAUAUUAUAACGAUAAAAGAUUUUCUCUAGAUUGCCUGAGAUUGUAACUACCAAGAUUUACUAGAGAAAUUCCAUGUGGAAUCUGAUAUUUGGUUUUUUCUUUUAGAGAAAUUUAAUGUUAUUCUUCUUCAAUUGAUUGGAAGUGGUUUGAGCAUACAGCAUUUUAAUGGCUGAAACACCUCUUGCAUCAAAACAUGUGAAGGAAGUGGAAAUGGAACCAAGCAUUUCAACUCCAUUACAGCAGGAAGCUAAGAGAAAGAGACCACAAAACAAUGGAAUAGAAGCAACCAAAAGAAAGAAGCCUAGAAAAAAAAUGUACAGACCGAAAGUGAUUGGAGAAGGAAGAAAAAGAAAGAGCAAAGGGUCAAAUACAACACCGGCAAAACAACAACCAGUUACCCCAAAUCCAAAAACGCCAAGUCGUGUUGUACCAAAACUAACGACUCGAAAACCUCGUCCUUUGCCAAAACCAAGAACCCGAAAACUCGUUCCAUGUCAGAAAAACAGUAUCUUGUUGGAAGAUGGAUGCAGAGAUUUAGCAGAAUUUGCCGAAAUUAAUGCUAUAGAGAGUUGUCGGGAUUUAGUUUUAGUCGAGAAUGAACGGGAAAUUGAGAAAUUUAUUGAAGAAGUUGCAGCCAUUGAAGCAAAGGAAACCGAGCCGGAUAAUCGAGUUGAUGCUAUAGAUAGCUGCAGAAAUUUAGUUUUAGUGGAGAAUGAAUUGGAAAUUGAGAAAGUAUUUGAAGAAGUUGAUGCUAUUGAAACAAAGGAAGCAGACAAGGAGAAUUCAAAUAUAACAGUUGUUCGAACUCCUGUCGAUUUGAGUGAAAGCUUCUGUUUAACAAAGGAAUGUAAGAGAAAGAGGAGUUCAAGGAGAAUAUCAAGGAAAAUAAUUGAGAGGAAACCAUAUGGAUUGAGGGCUGCAAGAGAAAAAGGCAGGGGAUCAAGAAAAAAGUUACUGCCAUUCUUAUUCUCUAAGAGAAAAAGAACUCCAAUGGUUAGAAGGUGCAAUUUAGCUUCACUAUUUGAACUUCCAGUUUGUAACCAAUUGCCAAGAAAUAUACAUAAACAUGCUGUCAACAGCGGAAAAACAGAAAUUUUGAAUGGGAACAACAUUGUUCCCAUUGUAGGGUGGCAGUUAAAGAGACCUCGAAAUCAACGGAAAUCUCAAGCUAGAAUUGCACUUCAGAUUUUAAAUUGUAGUAGCGGAGAUGAUGAUGGGGUCACAAAAAUAGGAGAGCUUGCCUGUCAAUCUGCCUUUGAUUUAAAUGCUAAUGGGAGAGAAACACAUGUAGGAACUGCCAUAACAGAUGUCAAUAAAGAAGAAAUACUAACAAAAGGUUCGGCUCAAACAUCAAUCUCUCAUGCUAUUGGGAGAGAGACAUCUAUAGAAACUGCUUUAACAAAUGUCAAUAAGGAAGAAACGCUAACAAAAGGAUCGGCUCAAAUAUCACUCGCUCAAGUUAAUGGACUCACUCAAGGCAACAGGAGAGAGACAUCUAUAGGAACUGCCUUGAUAGAUGUUAAUAAGGAAGAAACACUAACAAAAGGAUCUGCUCAAACAUCAAUCCUUCAAGCUAAUGGGAGAGAUACAUCUACAGGAACUACCAUAACAGAUGCACUUCGUAUGUUUACAGUCAACAAGGAAGAAAGACUAACAAGAGGAGUGUCUCAAACAUCACUCCCUCAAGCUAGUUCCAAGUUUUCAGAUAUGCGAAGUGAGGGGGGACUACGGAAGAUGGGUAAUUUAUUUCAUAACAAAAGAUUAGGUGAACACAACGAGCAGGUAACAAUGAAAUGGCUUGAUAUCAGCCAUUUCUUAACUAAUUCCAGGCUUCGCAUGGGUAGAAGUGGAAACAACCCACCAGAAAAUGGCCUUUCAAUUCCCAGAAUUACAACAGGUCUUCAUAAUGUAGGAAGUGGAGGAAACUUGACCAGGCAUCAGGACUUCACUUUUUCAGCCAAACCAAGUGGGAAUGCAAACAAAGUGAGACCCACCCUCAGUAUGGUAUUAUGGAAUAAUAGAGAAGGAAUCAGGAACAAUCAUGAACAUAACAGGCUUAAAGGUGAAACGAGAGGUGUGCUUGGAGAAGAAAUGGAUUCUUCCUGUAAGAGGUUUUUGGUUCCAUAUGCUGCUGAUGGUCGUUACAACGAAGCACUAUCUAGAAACGUUUCCCCUUAUGUGGCAACUAAUAACAACAAUGGUCUAUCACAUCAUUUGCAGAAGGAACGAACUGCUUCGGUACAUGAGAAGCAAAUUAUUCCAUACGCACGUAAAGGAGGAAAGAAAAACAGCAAGCAUGAGCACAAUCCAAAUUCUCUUGAUGGGAUGCAAGGAGCAAUAGUUCCUCAUUCUAAAUCAUUGAACUCAACUAAGAAAAAAGAGAUCGGUAGAGUUAACCUUGAGCCAAGAGAUAUUAUUGUGUGGAAGGUACUAUUUGAAAAUGACAGUAAUUCUGAAAAAGAAAAAAUCGACGAAGAGUGGUGGGAGAAUGAAAGGAAAGUUUUCCGUGGACGGAUAAAUGCUUUUAAUGCUAUAAUGCAUGUAAUUUUAGGCGAUAGGCGUUUUUCACCAUGGAAAGGUUCGGUCGUGGAUUCCGUGGUUGGUGUUUUUCUAACUCAAAAUGUCUCCGACCAUCUUUCAAGCUCAGCUUAUAUGUCACUUGCUGCAACAUUCCCCCUCCCGGAGACGGAAAAUUAUCAUGGGGAGGAGAUUUUCUGCAUUCAACAAUCGACUCAAAGAAACGAAAAAUUAUUUCUGUGUGAAAGUAAAUGGGACAAUGGUAGAAUGGAAACUAACAAGGCAACUGGGGAUCCUGAAGAAGCUAAAGAAUUAAUGUCUGUUGAUGAUGCAAUUUCAUCUCAAGAUUGCCAGGGGUUAUCUAUAAAAGAAAACCAUGAUUCAACACUUCUCUCGUCCAUAUGUUUAGAAGAUGAUUGUGGGACCUGUUUGUCUAAGAACUUGGACGACACAGAUAACUUGGCGCUCCAUUCUAAUAAAUCAACCUUUGAGAAAGAACCUUAUAGCAGUAGUCAAAAUAGCACAUCGUCGUGUGGAAGCAAUCAAAAAAAUAGAACUUCAGAAUCCAAAGAGGUGGGUUGGAGAGACCAAAAUCCAAUUUCCGGAAACUUCAAUUCCAGUGACACAAUGCAUACACCGAGAUCAUUAGGGAAGUGCUAUUCUAGCGCAGAAUGCAUUAGCAAAUCAAAGAGUGGACUUGAAAAUAAUGCUGAGGAUUCUAACCGUUGUGAAGAAAUAGCAGUUGAUUUACAGUUCGCACCAAAUGAGAAAUCUCAGGGAUUUUUUGCCAGUACAGAAAAGUUUCAAAAUCAAGAAAUUCAACUCAUUGGUGAUGUCAAUGCUCAGUGCCCCUUAUGUUCUGAGAGCAAUGAAGGAAAAAUGGAAGCUGGUUCUCAGCUUUCAAGUGACAUUGACGAUUCAUCUCAAAAAGUAGAUUUUGAUGUUGAAAAAGUCCAAAGUCAAGAAAGUGUGACUCAAGCAAGUAAUAAUACCAACGAAGCCAAAGAGAAAGAAAAGAAAGAGGCAAAAGGAUAUUUGGAAGACGGAAAUCCUAAUCAUCUCAAUGAUGAAAAAGAGACAAACAAUCCUAAGGGGAAAGCCAAAAAGAGUAAAAUGAAGCCAGAAGUAGACUGGAAUAGUUUACGAGAAAAAUGGGAUAGUAUGAGGAGAGAGCAUCCUCCCUGUGAGCCAAGAAGUCAUGACCACAUGGAUUCUGUGGAUUGGGAAGCAGUUAGGUGUGCAGAACCUACCAAGAUAGCAGAUGCCAUUAAGGAACGUGGCCAGCAUAACAUCAUAGCCGGAAGAAUCAAGGAAUUUCUUGAUCGAACUGCAAGGCUACAUGGUUGCAUUGACCUUGAAUGGCUUCGACAUGCUCCUCCAAAGGAUGUUAAGGAAUAUCUACUAGAGAUAGAUGGGCUAGGAUUGAAGAGUGUAGAAUGCAUAAGGCUUUUGGCACUUCAGCAAGUUGCCUUUCCAGUGGACAUAAACGUUGGACGAAUUGCAGUUCGACUGGGUUGGGUUCCUCUUGAACCGUUGCCUGAGGAGGUUCAAAUGCAUCUUCUUGAGACGUUCCCUAUGAUGGAUUCUAUUCAAAAAUAUCUAUGGCCAAGGCUCAGUAUGCUUGACCAGCGAACAUUGUAUGAACUACAUUAUCAACUGAUAACGUUUGGAAAGGUCUUUUGCACAAAGAGGAAACCUAACUGCAAUGCUUGUCCACUAAGGGCAGAUUGUCGGCAUUACGCUAGUGCAUAUGCAAGUGCAAGGUUGGCCUUACCUGGACCGCAAGAAAAAGGAAUAGUAAGCACAAUGGCCCCGGAAAAAAGUUUUGAAGGCAAUACACAGGCGAUGAAUUCAGCAUCAGUACUUCAUAUCGAUGCCAAUCCAUUUUCAGAAGCAACCAACAAUUGUGAACCCAUCAUUGAAGCGCCUCCAUCACCUGAGCCUGCACAUGAUGAAUCCCAAUUGACAGAUAUUGAAGAUUUAUAUGAGUAUGAUUCUGAUGAUGUUCCUAUAAUCAGACUUAGCUCCGGACAGUUUACAACAACUUCACUGAACUGCGUGGACGAUACCAUCACUAAAGCUUUGGUUCCUUUGCACACAAGAGUCGCUUCUGCCCCGUUGCGCAAACUAAAGCAUAUAGAACGCCUGAGGACAGAGCAUCAAGCCUAUGAACUUCCAGAUACUCAUCCUCUUCUAUCACAGCUAGAAAGACGAGAGCCAAAUGAUCCUUGCCCGUACCUUUUGUGUAUAUUAUCACCAGGUGAAACUGUAGAUUCAUGUGAGCCACCGAAUACAAGAUGCGUGUACCGAGAAACGGGAGAAAUUUGUACCGAGGGAUCAUGUUCAUCAUGCAACAUUAUCAGGGAACAAAAUAGUGGAGCAGUCCGUGGAACAAUUUUGAUACCCUGUAGAACAGCCAUGAGAGGCAAAUUUCCAUUAAACGGGACAUAUUUUCAAGUCAACGAGGUUUUUGCCGACGAUGAAACAAGUAAAAACCCCAUUCAAAUUCCUAGGGAAUGGAUAUGGAAUCUGCCAAGGAGAAUCGCUUAUUUUGGAACCUCAACGACAACAAUUUUUAGAGGCUUGGCAAAGGAGGACAUCCAAUACUGCUUCCAGAAAGGAUUCAUUUGUGUGAGAGGAUUCGAUCGAAGAACACGGACUCCAAAACGACUGGCGGAGAGGUUGCACAGGGCAACCAAUGCAUCCAUAAAAGCCCGGGCAAACAAAAACGAUGAUCAGAAACAAAAAACAUAUGCAUCAAAUUCAAACUCACCACAACAACUUUGA